AUGACAGAAGAUAUGUUGGGGAAAUUGAUUGGGUCAGUAAUGGCUCAAGCAAACACUGAACCAACCCCUAAAAGUUUUUCUACGUGUUCGAAAAAAUUUGAUGGUUCAAGAGACCCGGAGGCACUCAAAGCAUUUAUAUCACACAUAUUGUUGUACAAGUCCAUGGCAAAUAUUUCGGAUCAAAAAGCACUACAAGAACUUCCUUUACUCCUUCAGGAUGCAGCAGCCACUUGGUGGGCUGGUAUAAAAUCCGGAGUGCAAAGUUUUGAUGAGGCAAUUCGUUUGAUGAAAUUAUUUUUUGGUACAAGAAGACCUGCACCCGAAGUGUAUCUAGAAUUUUUUAACGACUACCAGAAUGAAAAUACAAGUACGGACUGGUUUGUUGUGCGAAAAAAAAUCUUGCUGGCUGAACUUCCUUAUGAGGUACCUCUGACCAUGCAAAUCGACAUGGUGUACGGUUUGCUUCAUAAACAAAUCCGUGAUGUAAUUCCUCGAGCAGAUGUAAACUCAUUUGAAGAUUUAGUGAAAAAAUCUAAAGACGUAGAACUUAGCAUACUUAGGUCUAAAGAACAGCUUUUGGAUGCACCUGAACCCGAACCAGAAUGCACUUUUUGCAACAAAAAGCGACACACUGCUGCAGAAUGCAGAAGUCGUUUGAAGUGGUUGGCGAAGAAAAACUCUAAAAUCAACCAGCAAGAAUCUAAGAAAUCUUCUUCCUCGGAGAACCAGAAUUCGACGACUCAGAAAACUCAAACUUUUUGUUUCUAUUGCGAAGAGUUUCACUCGACCGACUUUUGCUUAGUAAAUUUUGUCAGGACAGCCGAAGUGAUUCCGUGGGUGGAACCACAGACAUCAUCAGAAGCCAAAAAGGAACCAAAGAAGAAAACUAAGUAG